GGUCAAUGUCAUCACGGUGGUGGCGCCAGCUGUUCCAGCGAAUGAAACUCUCCGGACGCAAACAAAAAUCUGUUCUUGAGACCGUCGGUCAUCGGAGAGUCACUCGAAGUCAAGCAACUGCCCUCUUGCAAUGUCUGGAAUGUUUCCUUCUUCGGUCUGUUCCUGUCCACCGGCCAGAUGGACCAAGUUGACAAAAUCUACCGCAAAAUCAAAACCGGCGACUCCGAGCUGAUGGACUACCUAGUUGAUACCAGCGCACCCCGAGAGUGUGCCAUUGCGAUGCACCGGUUCUUCCGGACGUACAAGAUAACCGUCCUGCCAAAGCGAGCUCUCAGCUUGUUGAGUGCUCGCAACGACGGCAUCCCCCGCCGGUUGAUCGCUCUGGACGUCCUCAACCUGAUCCACCACGAGUCUUCGUCCGGCAUGAGACUCCAACUAGCGACGGCGUACCUUCGGAUGAUGCAGCAGCUGACCCUGCGUGGCUAUCUGACGCCCAACGAAAUCCGCAUCGUCAUCAGUCCGUACGUGGCCGCUCCGGUGCUGUUGCCCGGUCCGAACACGAUGCGGGACAUUGCCACCAAGUCGGCCACGCUGUUGGAGCUGUUUUUGAACGUUGACCUGCUGGAUGAUCCAGAGCGGCUCUCGGAAGAACUUGGCAGGGAGUCGGCCAGAUUGCAGCGACGACGGCAGUGUCGACGGUGUGGAGUGAUGACUUCAGAACAGCGGUGACCUUGUAAUAAAUGUUUAUGAUGGGGGUUUGCGUGAAGAAUUUA